CACAGCCUUACUCAUUGCGACAAGUUAGACUGCUCUUUCCCUCAAAACUCUGCGCCAAUCUGGGAGAUAGGAUUACUCGUUUCUCCUUUACCAAAUAUUUGAUUAUAUCUCCCUGAAUACACGAUUCUGACAAAGUUCAUCCAUUGCACGCCCUAACAAUGGCGCCCGCUCAGGUGGCCGAUGAUGUGGAUGGUUCUGGAUAUGCAAGUUGCAGAUGAAGAUGAGAACCAGGAGCAGAUCCUCAUCAAUGAAGAGUACAAGACAUGGAAGAAGAACAGCCCUUUCCUCUAUGAUAUGAUUCUAAGCACCGCUCUCGAGUGGCCGACCCUGACAACGCAAUGGUUUCCCGACGUCAAGGAACCCGAGGGCAAAAACUACCGUGUUCACCGUCUGCUUCUUGGUACCCACACGGCUGAAAGUAUGCCAAAUUACGUUCAGAUAGCCGAGGUUGAAAUACCCAAAUCAGUCGAACCAAACGCCGACGAUCUUGACGAGGAACGGGGGGAGAUUGGCGGCUACGGGAAGUCGGGAAGCACUGCUCCCAUCCGGUUCAACAUUGUCCAGAAGAUCGACCACCCCGGUGAGAUCAACAAGGCACGCUACCAGCCUCAGAACCCCGACCUCAUUGCCACGCUCUGCGUUGAUGGGAAGAUUCUCAUCUUCGAUCGCACCAAACACAGCUCGAUGCCCGAGGGGAAGGUCAGCCCCGAAGUCGAGCUCGUUGGUCACAAGCAAGAGGGCUACGGCUUGAGCUGGAACCCGCACGAGGCCGGUUGCCUAGCAUCGGGAAGCGAGGAUACGACCGUCUGUCUCUGGGACCUCAAAACGCUACAAGAGGGCAGUCGGAUCCUCAAACCCUCGAGGAAAUACACACACCAUACGCAGAUUGUGAAUGACGUGCAGUAUCAUCCCGUCUCGAAGAGCCUCAUCGGAACCGUCUCGGACGAUUUGACGAUGAAGAUCAUCGACGUCCGCCUCCCUGACACCGACAAGUCUGCCGUCACGGCCAAAGGCGGUCAUGCGGAUGCGAUCAAUGCCCUGUCCUUCAACCCCACAUCGGAGGUGCUGGUUGCGACGGCGUCCGCAGACAAGACGAUCGGGAUCUGGGACCUGCGAAACGUCAAGGAGAAAAUCCACACACUGGAGGGCCACAACGAUGCAGUCACAUCUCUAUCGUGGCAUCCGCAAGAGGCAGGCAUCCUCGGAAGCGGUAGCUACGAUCGUCGCAUCAUCUUCUGGGACCUCUCCAGGGUCGGAGAGGAGCAGUUACCUGAGGACAUGGAGGAUGGACCCCCCGAAUUGCUCUUCAUGCACGGAGGACACACGAAUCACCUCGCCGACUUUUCUUGGAACCCGAACGACCCCUGGCUGGUGUGCAGCGCCGCGGAGGAUAACCUAUUACAGGUCUGGCGGGUGGCUGAAUCGAUUGUUGGUCGAGACGAAGCGGAUUUGCCGUUGGAUGAGAUUGACCGGUAGAUAUAGAUAUCAACGGUCCGAGUCGGCACAUUGGAGCCUUGCUUGGCAUAGGUGUAAGCGGGUGGUCGGCGUUGGUUGGAGAAUGAAAAAGACAGAGAUCUGGGUCAGAACCACCUUAUGAGCCUGAGUUGGGACUGAGCUGCCACUUCAUAUAGGCUAAUCAUCUGACUUGCAUAACCCUACGGAUCUUUUAUAAUACGCUCUACAGCCCACGCAGUUAU